AUGGAAUCGGGCACUGAAGACCUACACCCGCACAGCCCCUCCAUGGAACACCCCACUGACCAGCCUCCCGUCCAGCAGGACUCCAUGGAAGAAAGAGGCUCAGAUGCGGAGGACAAACUAUCCCAAGAAAAAGGCAAGACAUUCUCUUCCCAGGAGGACAGUCAUCUCAAUGCCUCUUUUUCUCCAGGGUCAGAGCCCGAGACAGAUGAGGAGAAUUCAAAGGAAAACGAGACACAGGACAGAAACAGCUGCACUACUCUGUCAGAUGCAGAACGCGGCUCCAGUCCGGAGAGCUCCAGGAAGAGGAAGCUCAAUUCCAGGGACGGCACCUGCGAGAGAACAGGGGCCUCUCCAGAUGAGCGCAGUGCGACUUUGGAAAAGAAGAAACAGAAGGUCCUUGACUCUGGCCACAGCAGGAAGAGUGAAGAAAUCCGGGAUGCCCGCCCCAGGAGGUCCCAGAGGAGGCGCCCCGGGCGCAGCAAGAGGCCCAGAUCCAGGUCCCCAGGAGACCAGCCGCCUCCACUUCGGAAAAGCCUCUUGACCGCCCUGCGCUCUAUGUCUGAGGCCAUUUAUCAGAACAUAGUUAAUGUGUACAAUCAGAAGGGCUAUUCCCCGCUGCUCUGGGAGCAGCUGGCCCAGCUGCGGGGGCCUCUGUGCACCGCGGUGCUGACCACGUACUCCAUGGCCAACCAGGCGGCCUAUGUCUUCCCUGCUGAGGGCUGGCUCGUCCCAACCCCACUGUCGGCUCCCUCGAGUCCAGCCGGGGAUGGAGGAGAAGGUCCGUGCUCCAAGGACAGUCUACCUCUUCCCUAG